AAAAUCUAUGAACUAAAUCACAAUUUAAUUUAUGGUUCGAAGCGUGUUCGCGAUCUCCAUUUUCCUCUGUUUGAUUAAUUAAUUAAUUAACACAUUCCUACUUCGUUAGCGAUUCCUACUCAUUCAUUCAUCUCUCUCGCAAUCGCAAACCUCAAUUUAGCAACAUCUCAUUUCUGAAACCUCCAAUUUCAAGCUCGUUUUUCAUCCACAACAGGAUGAAGACAGGGUUUAAUGGAUUAAAGGGUAAAGAGAUUUCCCUCAUUUCCAUUGUACUCAUGUCUGCAACUAUCAUUUUAUGGUCAUGGGAUAAAACUCCUUGUCUUACUGCUUUUCUUCCUCCUCAAACACCACUCCACCUCUCUUCAGAUCGCUUAGUCAGUAGUAGUUCUUCAAUCAAAGUGCCGGCAUCAGAUCCAAACGUAAAUGUGGGAGACGAUGGCUCAUUGGUGCCGAGGAAAAAGACAACCAAUGAGAUCGAAGAACCGCAUCUUGAUGUAGAAUCUCACAUAGUUUCUUCACAAAGCUCUUCUGGAAAGAGUGUGGGUGAAAGGGAUACCAGCACUACUUCAAAUACAGAACAAAUCCUUUCAAAUGUGUCAGAUGAAGAAGCAAAACAUGAAAGAAUCUUGGAAACUGGGGAAAGCCACAACGUGCAAACUUUGUCCAGUCCAAAAACAUCUGAGGCUAAAAGGAAUGAAGCUAAGGGGGAGAAAAUUUCCAGACGAAAAGAAAAUAAAAAGGAUUCUGCCAUGAACUCUCCACAAAGAAGCUCUUUAAUUGGUGGAAAAGACAAUAAUUGGAAUAACGCUACAGAAAAUAAAGUCUGUAACUACGCAAAAGGAAAAUGGGUCCCAGACGAUAAACUGCCUCUGUAUUCAGGAUUUGGUUGCAAACAGUGGCUAUCUGGGAUGUGGGCUUGCCGCUUGACGCAACGUACUGAUUUUGCAUAUGAGAAGCUUCGAUGGAAACCAAAAGAUUGUCAAAUGGAGGAAUUUGAAAGGUCUAAAUUCUUGAGCAGGAUGCAAAACAAAACUCUAGCUUUUGUUGGAGACUCGUUGGGCCGGCAGCAGUUCCAAUCUUUAAUGUGCAUGGUCAGUGGUGGUGAGGAGAAGCAUGAUGUUGAAGAUGUCGGCAGGGAGUAUGGAUUGGUGACAGCUGAGGGUGAUGCCCGCCCUAGUGGGUGGGCAUUUCGUUUCUCAAGCACUAAUACUACCAUUCUGUACUACUGGUCAGCAAGUCUCUGUGAUAUUGAACCUAUUGAUAUAAACAACCUGAACACAGAUUAUGCAAUGCACCUUGAUCGGCCACCAGCAUUCUUGCGCCAAUUUCUCCACAAGUUUGAUGUCCUGGUUCUCAACACUGGUCACCACUGGAAUCGGGGAAAGCUCAAUGCUAACCGAUGGGUAAUGCAUGUUGGUGGCGUGCCAAACACUAAUAGGAAAAUAGCAGUUAUUUGGGGUGCCAAGAAUCUUACUAUUCACAGCAUUGUUAGUUGGGUGAAUUCACAGCUUCCAAAAUAUCCAGGUUUGAAGGCAUUCCUUAGGACCAUUUCUCCUAGGCAUUUUUUCGGAGGGGAGUGGAACACAGGAGGCAGUUGUGACAAGACUGAACCAAUGUCAGUAGGAAAGGAAAUAUUGGAAGAGGAGUCCAGUGAUCCAGUUGCAGCCAAUGCAGUGAAGGGAACAGGGGUCAAGCUCUUGGACAUAACAGGCCUUUCUCAGGUUAGGGAUGAAGGUCAUAUAUCACGAUUCAGCAUGACAGCAAAGCCUGGUGUGCAGGAUUGCUUACACUGGUGUUUGCCGGGUGUUCCUGAUACAUGGAAUGAAAUACUCUUUGCUCAAAUCUAGUGUGCACAUCACAGUGUACGUCCAGCACUUGUUGGCCUUGGAAAGGUAGUAGCCAUUCCUUGACUUUGAAAGGAUCACUAGCUUUCUAAAUCAUAGUUUUGCAGAGGACGCAGUCACGGAGUCACAAGAUAUCCUUAACCCAGUUUGAACUUUAUAGCUGAUCUGUUGAGGUAUUUGAAGACGUAUGGUGCAAUGACUAGUUUUAUCACACUGCCUUAAAAAAAUUUCUUCGAUUAAGCAAAGUUUUGAGGUCUCUAUUGUAACUUAUAUGCCAUGUAAAUUAAUUACUUCUUCAUAUGGUUCCUUGCGACUCCUCCGCAGAAAAGAAGGUUGAUAGGCAAAGCUGCAGAACAGAAGCAUUGGGAUUGUUACUGGAAGUAGUUCUUCUCAGCUGUUAAAGCAGAGUUUCAAGUCCAAGGUGAUGGUGCUUGCUCACUCCUUUUUUUUUUAAUUAAAUUUUGUGGGGAGGGUGGAACAGAAUAGUGUAUUGUUUGUUUAGAUUUUAUUACACGUCAUAGAGAAGCCUUAUAUAGAGUAGACCGAUCCAUCUCAUGUUGAAUGCAGUGUAUCUUCCAUAGUUUAUCAGGGAUAAUAUUAUUAGUAGGGUCUCUUUGCUUCAAUAGUUAUGUUGACUCUUCUUUUAUAAGCUCAUCCAGCCUUACGUUCUCCACGACACGUUGCAAUUGUAUGAAAUUAAAUAUAUUUUGAGAUGGACGGUUUAUGAUA